CUACUCGCAACAGUCGCUGCAAAACCAGUCCUCCAGACAGAGUCGAGCCUUUACCCCUGUACCAUCCCUGAGUGGAAUUCGCCAUAUUUCGAGAUUGACCUCAAUAACGCUGAGAACAGACGCAGCUGUGUUUCUCCUCUCCUGGCAGAAAGAACAAGACCACCACCGAGAAACUGACAUUUCGGCGUCGUUCGAAAUCUUGAAAACUCGCUGCUUCGGUUUGAUAUGUGAGAUUUCUUCUUCUUCCUGUAAUUGUAUCUACGCUAGUCUGUCACUGACAACCGACCGUAGUUUGUACGGUCUUUACCGGGUUUAGGCGUCGUUCAUUCAAAUGUUGUAACGUUAGCGUUACAGCCAGUUUCCCAACCGGGAGCCAUCAGCGACUUCUCAGUUGCUGAACACAAACAGAAACACGGCUUCAGCACUGAGGUAGCAGAGGAGGAGGAAAGCCCCCAAACUCGCAGGACAUGGAGUCGAGCAAAGCUGGAGGCGUGAUAACCUACAUCAGCUCGUCCAGCUCUGGCUCUAGCCCGGAGUCGUGCCACAGCGACUCCUCCAACGGCAGCUACCAGUCGUCCUCCCCGCCCCACGGCUCCUCGCCCAGCCGCCACCGGCCAGGUCAGCCGGCUGACAACACGCUCCCCGCAGCCGGCCAAAACCUUCCAGGAUCUCAGAAAAGUGGACGCUCCUCCUCCACUGCAAAAUGUGGCAUCACAAAAAUCAACGGCCUGGUGCUGCUGUGUAAGGUGUGUGGCGAUGUGGCCUCUGGUUUCCACUACGGCGUGCAUGCCUGCGAGGGCUGUAAGGGCUUCUUCAGGAGGAGCAUCCAGCAGAACAUCCAGUAUAAGAAGUGCCUUAAGAACGAGAGCUGCCCCAUCAUGAGGAUCAACAGGAACCGCUGCCAGCAGUGCCGUUUCAAGAAAUGCCUGAUGGUGGGAAUGUCCAGAGACUCUGUGCGCUUUGGCCGAAUCCCCAAGCGGGAGAAACAACGCAUGCUGCUGGAGAUGCAGAGUGCCAUGAACAACAUGAUGAACAACAGCCAGCUGCACAGCAGCCAGACCCUACCUAUUGGCAAACCGCUGCCGGCCAGUGCCACAGAACCUACCUCCGAGGAUGCCGGCCCCGCCCCUUCCUGCUCUCCAUCCAGCCAAUCAGACUCCAGCUCUGAACCUGAACCCACCGUGGCCAUGGACACCAGCCCCAGCUCGGCCUCGCCCAGCACGUCAGACAGCGGGGAGGAGGAGGUGAUCGGCUCGGUGACCAGGGCCCACCAGGAGACCUUCAUGUACAACCAGGAGCAGAGCACCCUGACACCUGAGGCCCCGCCCCCCACUGGCUCCCUGAACAGUGGCUCUGCCAAAAACACCACUAACCUGCGUGAAGAGGAGCAGCAGGAUGCCUGGAACCACCACAACAACCUGGUCACCAUGGCAGCACAGGACCCCCCCUCCAGCAUGGGCCCCCAAGGUCAGGAGGACAACACCACCAGCCACUGCCCCUUCAGGCUGUCCAGGAGGGCCGUCUCCAGCCACUGCCCAGCCUACACACACGGAGCGUUCAGAGCCCCGUCCACAGAGGGCCCCGCCAAUGGAGCCCACACUGGGCCCCUGUGGAGAGGAGGCAACAGAAUGCAUCUGGUGUGUCCGAUGAACACGUCUCCCCAUGUGGACCCUCAGAAGUCUGGCCACGAGGUGUGGGAGGAGUUUUCCCACAGCUUCACCCCUGCUGUCAGGGAGGUGGUGGAGUUUGCCAAGAAGAUCCCAGGCUUCAGAGAUCUGUCCCAGCCUGACCAGGUCAGCCUGCUGAAGGCUGGCACCUUUGAGGUGUUGGUGGUUCGCUUCGCUUCUCUCUUCGACAUGAAGGACCGCACCGUCACUUUUCUGGGUGGGAAGAAAUACAGCUUGGACACUCUGAGAGCCAUGGGGGCCGGAGACCUCCUCAACUCCAUGUUUGACUUCAGUGAGAAGCUCAUCAACCUGGGCCUCAGUGAGGAGGAGAUGAGCCUCUUCACAGCUGUGGUUCUGGUCUCUGCAGAUCGUUCAGGCAUAGAGAACGUGAACUCGGUGGAGGCCCUGCAGGAGACGCUGAUCCGCGCCCUGCGAAGCCUCAUCACCAAGAACCACCCCAACGAGUCGGCCAUCUUCACCAAGCUGCUGCUCAAACUGCCCGACCUGCGCUCGCUCAACAACAUGCACUCUGAGCAGCUGCUGGCCUUCAAGGUCCAUUCCUGAAGUUUCCUCUUGUACUUGACACCCAGGCACAAACUAUUUACGGUCUGCGACUGGACCCCGGAGGCCACGCAGACCACCAGCUCCGCCUCACUUCCCAACCCCACGUGCACCUCCACACUUCCUCCCAUGAGGCUUUGGGUUCUGUUCCUUCAGUCUGUAAAUGUAAACUAAAGCUCAAACCUGACAUUUAAAGGAGGAAGACGACCAUAAAAUGUUCUUGUACUGUAGGGCGUGACUGCCUGUGUGACGGUAAUGCAUACAUACAGACACACUGAUUGAUGUAUAUGUUUCUUGUGUUUGUGUGUAGCAUACUAUAUGUUUGCAAAUGUAAAAACAAAAAACAACAACAAAAAAAAUGUUAGAAGCACUUUUCUGUAUAGUGUAGACUGGUAUUUUUGCAUUCAUAGUGCAAUAUGUGACCGCUUGUUGAUUUGAGCUGUAUAGUGAGGAGUCAUUAUACUUGUGUAUACUUUUCAAUGGCACACAUUAAUUUGAAUAGGUGCUGGGCUCAUAUUGGGGGGUGGGGGGGUGGGGGGAUGUUGUAACCCUUAAAACAAACCAAACUGUGGGCACUGAAUGACUGAUGAGGUAGAAUUCUGUUCAGAAAAACAAAAGAAAGCAGACUACAAUGAGAGGCAUGUGGACGUAAAGCUGCUGUCAGUCCCAGCUUUCUAGUUUGGUCACGAGAAAUUAGAGAAUGUUUAUGUUGAAUGAAUUAGGGAAGCAAAAGAAGGCGGUGUCUUAUUUCAGGCUUUUCAUGCAGUUGUUUUACGUGCUGUGUUGUGGGUCAUUUUUCUAAAUUAUUUGGGCAUUGUGACAAAUCAGAUGUAUCUGUGAUUUCUACACAUGGAUCAGUGGAAAUGGAGAAACACUGAACCAACGAAAUAGAAUUGAACGUAAAAAAAAAAAAGAGAUUUCCUUCUCUUAUAUUUUUUUCUCCUUAUAGAAAAAAAACAGAUUUCUGAGAUCCCAGUGUCUGCUGUCCUGCGUGUCCCAGGUUGGGUUGAGUUUCCUACCUGCUAAGCAGUUGAGUCAAGACACUUGGUGCUGCUGUGGGACACUGGACGGCAGAGAAGGCGUUUGCAGUCACCAGCAACUCUCACAUGCUUGAAUAAUGUCUUAUUUCAAACUGUACAGACUUUAGCUGAGUGUAGUUAAUCUGAAUAGGUAGGGCUGUUUCACAUUAAAUAUGAUUGUAAUAUCACUGAAGUGAUUGUAAUUUAAAGAGUUGAGGUGACAGCUGAGUUGCUGGUGUUCUUUUUGCGAUGCCAUCGUUGUGCUCCCUUUCGGUGAAUUCAGAGUGUCUGGCCUUUCAAUAUCCAGAGCUUCUGUCAUUGUGUUAACAUUGCUGAUGUGGUUCUGUUCUCCUCUGUGAAAGGAUUGCAGUAUGCAUAGAUUUCUAUAUAAAUAUAUACAUACUAUCAUACAUAACUGUAUAGAUGAAUUUAUCUAUAUAAAUAAAUUUUAUAAAUGCUGUU